AUCUUGAAAAAUGUCUGGUAAAUGAAGGGACAAGGAAUACAUCACMCGUUCUGGUGUAAUUCUAGAAUGAAGGCCAGCACAAGUGAUCAAACAUCUAAAAUGUCUUUUGCGAAAAACCAGCACGAGAAAGUGCAGAGCGAUGAAGGAGAUUGUUCAGUAGCAAUGUCGUCSGUAUCUAACCAAAGUGAUGAUAGAACAAAAAGGCAGAAACUGCAUUCUACAGAGGUACCAUUGAUCCAUGAUAGCACUAUGAAACCRCCAAAAGAACCUCUAUUUCAAAGUGYKAAAGAUGUUGGAAGAGUAUGGCGCAUCUUAUCUAGMAAAGGAYCACGGCAUYGUCGGAAAAGUGUUCAGUUUACGAUUGUUUCUUAUAAUGUAUUGGCGGACUCUCUACUUCAUUCUCAUCCUAUGCUGUAUGAUAACUGUGAGGAAUGGGUACUACACUGGGAAUAUAGAAAGAAAAACUUACUAAAAGARAUCCUGUUUUACGAUGCUGAUAUAUUGUGUCUUCAAGAAGUACAGGAGACACAUUAUGACAACUGGUUUCAGCCAGAACUGAGUAAAGCYGGAUACCAAGGACUGUACAAGAAAAGAACAGGAGAUAAAGAAGAUGGUUGUGCCRUUUUCUWCAGGAAGGAUAAAUUUGAGCUCCUUGCACACCAUUACUUGAACUACAAGAUGGAUCAUGUCCCAGUAAUGAAUAGAGAUAACAUUGCAAUCCUUGCAAUACUUCAUCCCAAGUUCAGUGAUGGACGGACUUGCUACAAAACAGCUCUUUGCAUAGCAAAUACUCACUUGUUAUUCAACAGAAAUAGAGGUGACAUCAAGUUGUUACAAUUGGCAACAUUAUUUGCUGAAAUUGAUCAACUAAAGAGAGAAUUCUUGAGUAAGAGKAACUCUAGGAGAUCCUCAAUCCAAAACAUGCCUGUUAUUUUAUGUGGAGAUUUUAAUAUGACACCAUUAUGUGAUCUUUACAAGUAUAUUACUAAAGGAUAUUUGGAUUACAAAGAUCAUAACAAAAAGGAUAUGUCAGGUCAGAACUUUGUAGUCAAACAUGGUUAUUACGGCUCUAGCAGGGAUUGUUUAAGAGAUAACAUCAUACCACAGGAAAUGGGAUUAACAAAUAUGAGUACAUGGCUUGCUACCAGUGAMCAAACAGUCAGUUCCUCAGCUAAUUAUGACAAGGAAUGGCCAUCUUUGACUAAUGCAAGCUCAAGCUCUUUUGUUUUACCAGUCCAAGAAGAAACGGUCUCCCAACUGCAUGCAAAAGCUUGUAGUGCAAAACCCCAUGAUAGAACCUACCAGGAUAUGGAAAAUAUACCCAUGGAGCUUCCAAAACCUGUGCAGUUUGAUCCCAAUUCGACAGUUAUUCGUCAUCGACUGUUCUUUUCAAGUGUGUACAGACAUUUCUUGGAGAGAGAUGUCUGUGAAGUGACAACUUAUCAUGAAAAAGAACCAAGUUGUACUGUGGACUACUUUUUUGAUUCACCAGGACGGGAUAAUUGGUGUUAUGUUUGUAAAGAUCGACACAAAGUCAUGGAGCGUACAGGAUGUUUAAGCUUAUUAUCAGAGGAACAUGUUUCAAGUCUUGGAGGUCUCCCAUCAAAGAUUUUGUCAUCUGAUCAUUUAGCUUUGGUAGCUUCGUUUGCACUCCAUWUAUAAACAAUUUAGUUGUUCAGAAAAACACUUGAAAUAUUUUGUGUUUUAUUUUAUAUUUUAUGUUUUCUUACACUUUGGAUUUCUUCUUAGCUGUUUAUUUACAAGUAUAAACAGUGUAUGUAAACAUGUAUAUUAAUAGACAUCAUUUAAAACGUUUUUGCUUUAUUUCUAGAAUGUAAUUGUUGUUUCUCAUGCAAAAGGUGUCACUAUUUUAGUUAUUUGAGCUGAUGUUUAACAACAUUCUCAUUAUUUCGUUUUGGAUACAGCUGAUACCAUUGRUCAUUAUUAUUAUGAUAAUGCAAAUACUGUGCAAUAGCCAUAAUGUCCUGACCACUGCCCUAUUUUUGACACAAAAAAUUAUAUUAUAAACAUUAUGCCUUUAACGACUUUGAUUUUGGUUAAGUACCCAAUGCAAAGAAUGCAGAAUAAAACUUAGUGAACGUGGAUUGAGAA